GACCACAAUAAUAGAGGAAUGGGUGUGUCCUGGCUCUCUUGGCAAAACACGCCGGAAGGGAGGAGGGCCUGUCUGUCGGUCUAUCUGUCUGUCUGACGUCGGGGCUGCGGGAGACAGGCAGAGCCGGUGUUUGUGAUGGGAGCUGGCUAACUAGGAAGGGCGAUAUACCUUUAAGUGAAACAAAACGAAACAAGAAGCAAUCAGCGGUAUCGCUGGGUCGCUUAGCUAGUUUACUGGGCUCACAGGGAAUUUCGCUAUGAUAUUUGUCAAACUAAUUCUCAUGCUUUGCUGCCUUCACGACAUUACAGGUCAGUUUGGGAACCGCUUGAACAACUAUAUUACCCAUUAUGAGGGUUUAUCAUAUGACACAGAAGCCCUGCACAGCAGUCACCAGAGAGCCAAGAGGGCACUCUCUCCUCAAGACAGGAUGGUGCACCUGGACUUCCAUGCACAUGGAAGACAUUUUAACCUGCGAAUGAAGAGAGAAACAACUAUAUUUUCUCCAGAUCUCAUCAUUGAGGUAUCAGGAGAUGAGACACCUGUUGAUACAUCACAUAUUUACAGUGGAGAAAUAUUUGGUGAAAAGGGCACACUGACUCAUGGCUCUGUAGUUGACGGGCGCUUUGAGGGCUUCAUUAAAACCCACCAAGGAACAUACUAUGUUGAGCCCUCGGAAAGGUACCUAAAAGACAAGGAUGUACCCUUCCACUCCGUCAUCUACCAUGAGGAUGACAUCAAUUAUCCUCAUAAGUAUGGCUCAGCAGGUGGCUGCGCUGACCACACGGUAUAUGAAAGGAUGAGGAAGUAUCAGGCAUCUGUGGUGGAGGAGCCGGUCAAAGGGGGGAACGGUGUGUCAGAGGAGGAGAGCUCCCAUGGUCCUGUUAUUCUGAGGAGAAAGAGGGCGGCGGCGAGAGAGAAAAACACUUGCCAGCUCUUCAUCCAGACAGAUCACCUCUUCUUCAGAUACUACGGCACAAGAGAGGCUGUCAUUGCCCAGAUCUCCAGCCAUGUAAAGGCUAUUGACUCCAUUUACCAGGCCACAGACUUCCUGGGCAUCCGAAACAUCAGCUUCAUGGUCAAAAGGAUCAGGAUAAAUGGUACCAAUGAUGAAAAAGACAGAACCAAUCCUUUCCGCUUCGCCAAUAUCGGAGUGGAGAAGUUUUUGGAGCUUAACUCUGAGCAGAACCACGACGACUACUGCCUAGCCUACGUCUUCUCUGACAGGGACUUUGAUGAUGGAGUUCUUGGCUUGGCUUGGGUUGGGGCUCCUUCAGGAAGCUCUGGGGGCAUCUGUGAGAAGAGCAAAUUGUACUCUGAUGGGAAGAGGAAGUCUCUUAACACUGGUAUCAUCACUGUGCAGAACUACGCCUCCCACGUCCCUCCCAAGGUGUCACACAUUACCUUCGCUCAUGAGGUUGGGCACAACUUUGGCUCUCCUCAUGAUUCUGGGAUUGAAUGCACCCCUGGAGAGUCUAAGUUGCAGGACAAAAAGGAGCAGGGCAACUACAUCAUGUACGCCAGAGCCACAUCAGGGGACAAGCUCAACAAUAACAAGUUCUCUAUCUGCAGCAUCCGCAAUAUAAGUGCUGUUCUGACGAAGAAGAGAGACGACUGUUUUGUUGAGUCUGGCCAGCCAAUCUGUGGUAAUGGACUAGUGGAAGAAGGAGAAGAGUGUGACUGCGGCUACAGUGAUCAGUGUAAAGACCCCUGCUGCUAUAGUGCCAAUGAAGGAGAGGGCAAAAAGUGCAAACUCCAACCUGGCAAAAUCUGCAGUCCGAGCCAAGGCCCAUGCUGCACAGCAGAGUGUACUUUCAAGGGCUCAAAUGAACAGUGCAGAAAGGAGUCCGACUGCGCCCAAGUGGGCUCAUGCAACGGAGCCACUGCUCUGUGUCCUGCCUCAGAACCAAAGGCAAACUUCACCUCUUGCCAUAAAGAUACACAAGUCUGCCUCAACGGGGUAUGCUCUGGAUCCAUUUGUGCAAAGUAUGGUCUGGAGGUCUGCACCUGUGCCAGCCAAGACGACAAGGAUGAGGCGGCUGAGCUUUGCCACGUGUGCUGCAUGGAGAAAAUGAAGCCCAACACCUGCAGCAGCACCGGCUCAGAUAAGUGGGUCCAGUUCUUCAACAAGAAGGUCACAACACUGCAGCCCGGCUCACCCUGCAAUGACUUUAAGGGCUACUGUGAUGUCUUUAUGAGGUGUCGUCUAGUGGACGCCGAUGGGCCACUGGCAAGACUGAAGAAAGCCAUCUUCAAUGCAGAGCUCUACGAGAAUAUUGCAGAGUGGAUAGUGGCUCAUUGGUGGGCAGUGCUGUUGAUGGGCAUUGCUCUCAUUAUGCUAAUGGCUGGCUUCAUCAAGAUCUGCAGUGUCCACACCCCCAGCAGCAAUCCCAAACUGCCUCCACCAAAGCCACUGCCAGGUACACUGAGGAGAAGGCAGCAGCACGCAAACCAACACGCACAGGGCCCACGCCAACACCGUCACAGAGAGAACUAUCAGAUGGGACAGAUGAGACGCUGAGACUCUACUGCUCUUUGCCUUGGUUCUUCCUAGUGCCUACAAUGGGAGCACUUCACUCCAAAGAGUUACCUUUACCACCUAUUGCAAAAUUCAAAGAACUUGCAACUGGACUGAUUUCACUGGACAAAGCCCAAAGUGUUGUUUUGGGCCUUACAAACUCACUCAGCACCUCUGGUCUGAGAGCCAGAUUAGCAGUGGUUCACUCAGCUUUUAUAGGAAAUGAAUAACUUUUCCAAGGAAAGACAGGAGGAGAAAUUCACCGAUCUCUUGUUGUGUGGUCUUAAUCUUUGAAUGCUUUUUGUUUGUUUGUUUUUACCAGAAUGGAGGAGAGAUAGCAGCUUUGUGUUAGAGUCGCCCUCUUCUGUCUUUCAUCUGUGCUACCUUUUCCUUUUUCCUGUUAUUCCUCUCUGAAGUGCUGCCACCAUCAGCACGAUGGCAGGACUGCAAGUCACAUGGGUAUUUACUGCCAAUCAGAAACAGCAUUCAGUGGGCAGAGAAUUCUUGUUUCUGCCAGUGUAAUUAGUUUAAAAAUCAAAGCACCAUUGAAAACAGAAGCUUUUUCUUCCUAAAGCAUACAUGUUCUCUCAGCGUGCAAUUGUACAGAUGUUGCAGUAGGUUCUUUUGUUUCUGUUUCAAAUGAAAUUGAUUUUCUUUAUGAUGAAGAUUAUUUACUGUUUUAAUUCACUUUCUCAGGAUUAAUAAAACAACAGCAAACAGGUGUACUGAGUGGGAAAGAUGGCUGCAUGUGUAUUUCAGGGUCAACUCCCUCCUGGCUGAAGCCUGUGUAGAAGGGUUAGCUGCCAUGGGAUGUAGAGAUGUAGAGGACGGACUGUAUGGAAAGAAUGUAGAUAAACGAGCUUAAUAAGAUUAUUGUGCCGUCUGAUAUCAGAUAGAGGAGCUGCGGAGGGGGAGAUUGAUAUGUAUAUUUUUUGUUGUCAUAUGGCUUUGCAGCUGUGUUUACAUAAAGAUAUAGUCUGGGGCUGAAAUGAAUGGUGAGAGAAUAGCUUUUUAUCAACCUCAUUAUAUCACACUUAUUCUGUCAUAGCUGUUUUUCCCUCGACUCGUUGCUUUGACACUGAUUUGUGACACAUUUGUGAAAUGACCACUUUGCGCCACAGUGUGCGUCUUUUCAUUCAGAGUGUAGACAGUGGAAGCAAAAAGGAGAAUGUAAGAAGUUAUUAUAGAAUAUAAGGGUCCCAUUACCAUCGUCUUGCCCAUGUUUGUUGUUUUCUGUCCACCUUUUGAAUAUUACACACUGGCAGUUGUUCAAGAAAUGACAAAAACCUGUUAAAACCACUCAGAAGCAGUUAGAUCCUUCCUCUAGCCUGGAUAAGGAACCUUUCUGUCUUAAAUGUGAUUUCGCUUUUAUUGAUUUUUACUUGCAGUUCAGAUUAUUUGUAUAUGUGCAGGAAUUGAAUCAGUUGAGGAAAACUAGAGUUUCUAAUUUUAUUGUUGCUUUGCUGCUGCUGUUAACAGACAUUUACCAGAGUGAACAAUCACUAUGUGUCAGCCAUCCGACACGGUUCUGUCCUUUCAUUUCCUACUGAUCAGGAUUUUCUCAAGGAACCUUUGUCACCCUUGUUCUACCCCCUUGGUUUGUGUAAUUGCAUUGAAAUGUGCCUACUCAGAGCAGGGAGACUGAAGUUGGAGUCAGUUAUCUUCACCCAGACUGAAACUUUUCAAGAUUCAAUACUUCAUUGCUGUAUCACCAUGGUUAAUUUGAAUUUGUCUCAGUGAGCUCACUUAAACAAAGACAAAGAAAGACAAAAUAGUAAAACCAUGCAUCAGCAAGCACUGUUUUCAGUCUGGGAUGCUGAAAUUUAAAAAAGAAAUGUGCUGGGAAUGAUGUGAGUUAGAGCUUGGCAAGUGAUGAUUGACAUUUAUCUCCCAAUACAUAAAAAUUAAAUGUUAUAAUCACAAAUUUGCAUUAGUUUAUGAUUUUUUGGAGACAUUAUAAUUAGUAUUGUAUCACUGCCCAACUCUAAUUUGGCUCAAUUUAAGUUUCCAGUCGUCCCCAACCAGAUGAAUCUUGGGUCAACUUCACUGACAGAUGGAUGAGGGUGCAGAAUACUCUGUGUCGAGUUACUGGCAGAUUAUACAAAUAUAUAUAUUUAUAGUUUCUUAGGAUUACUUUAGGAGAGAACGACUCAAUGGAGCGAAGACUUACCCUUGCAGAAGAGUUGCGUGGAGCACAGCUGCAGCUCAGCAUUGUCUUCAGGAUGUUGUGACAUCGAUCAGAUCGAUUCUAUGCAGAGUAUCACAGAGCUCAACAGCAAACAAGUUAGCCUCUUCACAGAGAAAUGCCUUUAAUGUUUUCUCCUAAAUGGGUGCAUGGAAUAUUCAAUUGUGUUUUCAUAACUAAAUAGUUACUCAUGUCUAUGUGCUGCAGCAAAGUUUCUGAAAAUGCAAUCGUCUGUUGCUUCUCUUACUGAUUUCGUUUGUUUUCCGGUGCUACUGGUAGUGCUUUUCUCUUGGGUCGGAGCUUAAAGUAUAUUUUUAAUUUUCAAAGCUGUGUGUGUGUGUGUGUGUGUGUGUGUGUGUGUGAGUGUGUGAGUGUGUGUGUGAGAGAGAGAGAGAGAGAGAGAGAGAGAUGCUUUGCUGAACCAUCCUUAUCUUUUUUUGUUGAUAUGGUAAGAUGUGGACAUUACUGGGUGUCGGGGGAUAAUACUCUGGGAAAAAUUUUCUGUCUUUCACAUGUGUUGCUGUGAUGUUGAGAAAAUGUGCACUGAAGUGUAAGUGAUGUAAACAGAGAAUCCAAAAUGGUAUAGAUUCAGUACUACUGUCUGAUUUUAAUGUCUCCUGUGUUUUAUACAGUGUCUUCAAUGGUCUUUAUUUUUUUUUUAAAUUUCCUUUUUCCCUUUUUGUUCUGUUUCCCAUUCUGCUUACUUUGAAAAUUUUACUAAAUUUGCAAAGUUAUUGUGCAAAACUAUAAUUUCUUUUGAACUACUUGAAAUGCAUUAAUAAACCAGAGUUGAUCAAA